AUGAGCACUGCUCCUGGACACAAUGGUCUUUUAGGGGCCCCGUCGCCAGUCUUGGUUGGUCAGCAGCACCGCAUGGAGAAGCAGAUGGGCGAUGCUGGGGUGCGGUGCGGUGCGGUGCGGCGCGGCGAGCAUCCUCCUGUCGAUCCCGUGGGCAAGGAUCAAGGAGCCAUCAUCAUGCUGUUCAGUGGUGACUGGAGUCGUUCGCGUCAGCGCUUGAGGCUCGAGGAGGACAUUGCGAUGCCGACAGGGCACUCGGUCCAUGGUUGCGAUGUGGGUGUUGGUGUUUACUGCCGGCCUGCCUGCAACGUGGAAGGGACGAGCUUCCAAGGUUGCUCUGUGACCCCCAGACCACCUGGGCAGCUUCAGGUGCGGUAUCAAGCAAUGGCGGCGGCCGCUGAUAAACUACUGACAAAUCACGGCCCUGACGACCUCUCGAAUACUCCGGCUCGUCUCCAAUUGCACCUUACUCGGCGCCGGCAAAAGAUCCGACCUUCGUCUGUGCGCAGAGUCUCAUCCGGAGGUUUUGGCAGUUCUGGCUCGCUCUGCCUGCUACCUGCUACCCGAAAGACACUCAAUCCCUCAGCUGAGACGGUCUGCUUUUACGUGAAGGGCUUAUCGUUCAUUGCGGAUCGCCCAUGGCCGGACAGUUCUUCGCACAAUUUCAACCAACGGUCAUCUCCACCAAGCCCCGGGGGCGCGCAGGAGAAAAAAGAAAAGAAAAAGGUUUGGUCCAUACCAUGCGCUUGGGAACAGACUAGCCGCCUGCCACCCAACACAACCGUGCAGUCCCACGAAGAUUGCGAUAUUCAACAGAUCUGGUUCGUAUGGCGCCGAUAUCCUCAAUUACCCGGUGAACUUCCGCCUGAAAUCACCAAUUUCACCCCUGCCUGGACCCAAUUGAAGGCCAUUCGCCAUAUCCACCUCGAAAGCGACAGAGGAAAUAUGUGCCGUAAGAGUCCCCCACCAUCUGAAUUAGAGUUUGUGCCAACACAGGGGUGGCUCUCUCCUCCCAGCACAUGGCAUGGCCACGAAAGCUUCAGCCGUCCCACUCAACAACACCAGGGGUUCUAGCCAGGUACAGCCGAUCCCCCACGAAUGGGAUUGUCCUUCUGAAACUUUCAGGACCCUUGAGAAACAAGCAGGGUCACUUAUGGAGUUUCUGCGCAUGAGACCUGGCCAAGAA